AAAUUGUGUGGCGAUGAGAGCACUCGUCUCGUCAUACAUUCUCGUCAUAAAUACAGCGGCGACUGGCUGGCUAGCUCGGAUGGAGGGUGAGCUUUUUCUGCUGCAAACCGUUGUUGAGCAUUAUGUUGAGCAUCGGUGCUAACGAGUGCACUAGCUAGAGCGAGAUGCAACUACACGCUGGUUGAGAAAAAGGAUGCAGGCACAAGAACUCAGCUCUCGUCGAGUCGAGUGGUUCGAGGCUCGGUGGAGUGCCCACUUACCUUCAAGUGAAAACAUAAUUUAGUUACAGUCAAGAACUAGCUAUCAUCGGUUGAAGAGUUUGAAUAUGCGCUUAGUGUUCGAUAAUAAUAACAACAUUAUUGUUUGAUUUGGUCUUCUUGCGCGCUUGGUUUUAGUAAAGUGCAUUUGCUCUUGUGAAAGUGUGUUGUGUAACAAGAUUGAUUACAUUAAGAUUUUAGGAAAAACAUCAGGUGAUCGUGAAAAAUAAAAUUUCGCAAAUUUCCUGUUCUGCCGCUUUCGUGAAAAUCGUUUCAAAGUGGCCGCUGAAAAGAAGGAUGCUGGCGGCGGUUCUCGCGCCAGUCCUGAACAGCAUAAAACACCUUCCUCACGUAGAACUUCGGUUUCAACACCACCUCCGACGAGUCGACAGCGGCAGCUUUCACCCGCACCAGCUAGCGGAGGCAACGCCGGCCAGAAUACGCUCCUCGCGGACGCAAUGACUCCGACGGUUGCUCCGGCGGCCAACACACCUCCGAUGCUGAACUGGGCACCUAUUUUAUUUCCUUCCGCGUGGAAUCCAGCCCUACUUCCGGCCUUCUAUCCGGCGGCUCUCCGAUCUCUGCCCGGAUUCCUCGACAAUAUGAAACUCCCACGCACCCAGCGGACAACCACCGCCAACAGUGGGUCUGGCUUUCACAUCAGUGACAUUCUUGGCCACAAGGACAAGAAACAGUCUCGGCUAGCGGCGGAUGACGAGAAUACCAGCGACGAAGGUCACCACCUCAGCAACCGCAGCACGGCAACCGUGGAUACGGACAGCAACCAGGGUAACAUAACACCGGCCAACAGUGACGACGACAGUCACAGCAGUCACGGCCAACCGCCGCAGUUGGCUCGGUCCGGGGAUACGAAAACGGAACUGCUCUCUUCUCCGGAACUACCGGACGGCGGAAAGCUACGGAUACGGUCCAAUCUGGCGGAGGACCUGCAUGCCCGGUUUACGGCUCUACCGGGGUACGCUCAUCAUCACCAUCACCAUCAACACCACCCGCAUCAUCCACUGUUUCCGGCCGCUGCCAGCCCCUGGCUGUACGAGACGUGCAGUAACCUUAAUGCAUCGCACCAACAACAACAGCAACAACAGCGGCUUGCUCAGCAGAUCAGCCCGGACAGUACCUCACCAGUUCACUCGGAACAAUCUUACCAAGGACUGCCCGGGUCCGGCGGAAGUGGUGGAAUCAAUGAUCAGUGCCCGCGGACGCCAAGUCCGACCGAUAGCGAGCGGCAACACUUGAACACCGAUGGUAACACGGAACAUUCGGACGAUGUGGACAUCGAAGAAGGCUGCGAUGAUGAAAUCAAUAUGAUCGAAGAUAACGACGACAAUCCAUCGGAUCGACUGACCAAUGGAAUCGGUCACAAAAAACGCAAACGACGGGUUCUGUUCUCCAAAGCUCAAACCUACGAGCUGGAGCGUCGGUUUCGGCAGCAGCGUUAUCUGUCCGCUCCCGAUCGUGAACAUCUCGCGUCAAUGAUCCGACUAACACCGACGCAGGUCAAAAUCUGGUUCCAGAACCAUCGCUAUAAGACAAAACGAGCCGCACACGAGAAAGGCUCGAUGGAUCCGGGAGCGCAUCAAGGUGGUGGUCUUCCCUCACCUCGCCGGGUCGCCGUUCCGGUGUUGGUUCGUGAUGGAAAACCAUGUCUUGGCGGCAGCAAACAGCAUGACAUGAUGGCGGCUGCCGUCCAGGCAGCACAUCUACAGCUACCACCGGGUUUCCAGCAUGCCAGCCUUCUACAUCAUGCGGCGGCAGCUAGAUGGUGGCCCUGAGCAAAAAUUCUCGAAUCUCCACUCGGUUCCAGUUGUACAUAAAGAAUCCACCGCUGCUAGACGCUUCACUUGUUUCAUGCGUAAAAUAGUUCCAUUCGCCGUUGUAUUCUUCGUAUAGCCAGUCAGCGGUGUCCUUAGUGUUGUGAAUGUAAAUCAAAAUCGCAGAUUUUAGCAAAUUUAUCCAGAAGGCAGGUUCUAGGUCAAGAAGUAAGAGUCUAUUUAAUUAUAUUUAGUUAAUUUAUAAGAUUUUCCGCCGCCAUUGAAUGAUUGUUCCGGACUUGAAAUCACGGUAAAUCCCUAUAAUUCUAUUAUUAUUGGUUUCCGCAAAAUGUUACCUGUAGUACAGAAACUAUUUCAAAUGUUGACUAAAAGUUUCAAAACUACUACCGUCGUUGUAAACAGUUGCACAGUUCAAAACAAGUAGAUACCACAGUUCCACCCGGAAAAGCUGGAUCAAUCCAUAUUCCCAUGCAUAUUCAAGUAUGUGAUACAAUGUACGGAAAUCAUAAAUAAAACUUUUCA